AUGGCUGAAAAGAAAGAAGGAAGAAAACAAAUACAGGAGGUUGGUGAGCCAUUCAAAGAGGAGAAGGCUGUUGCUAAAUACUUACGUUUCAACUGUCCAACAAAAUCCACCAACAUGAUGGGCCACCGAGUUGAUUAUUUUAUUGCCUCAAAAGCUGUGGAUUGCCUCCUGGAUUCUAAAUGGGCAAAGGCAAAGAAGGGAGAAGAGGCUUUAUUUACAACUCGAGAGUCUGUAGUUGAUUACUGCAACAGGCUCCUGAAAAAACAGUUCUUUCAUCGAGCAUUGAAAGUGAUGAAAAUGAAACCUGACAAGGACACAAAGAAAGAAAAGGAAAAAGGAAAGACUGAGAGUGGGAAAGAGGAGGAGAAAAAGAGCAAAAAGGAAAGUGGCAAAGAUGAAAAAACUAAGAAGGAGAAAGAAAAGGAAAAGAAAAAGGAUGGUGAAAAAGAGGAGUGUAAGAAGGAUGAGACCCCAGGGACACCCAAGAAAAAGGAAACUAAGAGGAAAUUUAAACUUGAGCCACAUGAAGACCAAGUUUUCUUGGAUGGAAAUGAGGUGUACGUGUGGAUCUAUGACCCUGUUCACUUCAAAACUUUUGCCAUGGGACUUGUCCUUGUGAUCGCUGUCAUAGCCGCGACUCUGUUCCCGCUCUGGCCCGCGGAAAUGCGUGUUGGUGUUUAUUACCUCAGUGUAGGCGCAGGCUGCUUUGUUGCCAGUAUUCUUCUUCUUGCCAUCGCUCGCUGCAUCCUUUUCCUUAUCAUCUGGCUCAUCACUGGAGGAAGGCAUCACUUCUGGUUCCUGCCAAAUCUUACAGCAGACGUGGGAUUCAUCGACUCCUUCAGGCCUCUGUACACACACGAAUACAAAGGACCAAAAGCAGACUUAAAGAAAGAGGAAAAAUCAGAAUCCAAAAAGCAGCAAAAAUACGACAGCGAGGAGAAAUCAGACAGCGAGAAGAAGGAAGACGAUGACGGGAAAACGGAAGCAACGAGGAACUCGGGAACAGACGGCUCCGGAGGAGAGCGACAUUCAGACACUGACAGUGACAGGCGCGAAGACGACAGGUCCCAGCACAGUAGUGGAAACGGAAACGACUUUGAAAUGAUCACAAAAGAGGAACUGGAACAGCAAACAGAUGAAGGGGAUUGUGAAGAAGAGGAGGAAGAAGAUACCGAAAGUAGGCCUUCACAUGGAAAAUCAUAACUCACUGUGGUUUUGGGACUAAGUAUGUGCAAAUGGUUGGAUUUUCUUUGUUGGCUGAUCACCAAAACACAGACCGUACAGUAGCAUCUUUGUUUGCGGAAAUAUUCAUGUUACCAAACAGUUUUAUAUCUAGUUCCUUCAGUUUUUUAACCAUUAACUUGAUUACUUGGUACUAUGUUAAUCGUUAAUACCCAUUGACAGAAGUUUUAUCAAUCUGACACAUUUUCUAUUGGUUGAUAGAUUGCCCAGAUUGUCCUCAAACACACUGAAAAACAUAGUUUUCUGGUACUUGCAUAACUGGUCAAUUAGUUUAGUUUCUCAAACUUUCUUUUGUAAAACAGGUAAAAGUUGAAUGACCAAAUCUCAGAUUAUUUCUAGUUAUACUCAUUUGAUAGCUAGUUAGGUGAAGCCUUUCGUAGCCCAGAUUUCUCAAUAUUUUUAUUGAGCUUGUUUUCAAAAGGUUGUGAAAACUUUCCUAAGAAAACUAGUUUUAGCAGAAGUAUUUUGCUGAAAAUACAAAAGCUGGUAGCGCUGAAUUUGGCUGCAGCGUUCUCUGUUUCUCCAGACUGUGUGCCAGCAACUGAGGAAAUCCAAACUGGUUUUGUACAUCUGGUUCAGAGAAAGAUGUCAUCUCCAGCAGGCGAAGGAAGCAGCAUGGUUUGGAAAUUAUGGCUGUUUUCUUUCUCCUGCUCCGUCGUAAUUAAAAAAAAAAAAUAAUGUAUUCUGUACAUAAUUUACAAAUAAAGCAAACCAUUUACUUUAACUGCUACUUAUUAUUUAGAGAUUUGAUCCAGCGUUCAGUUUGUAUUAUUAAAGCCAUUUUGUGGUGUAUCUAUCGGAGAAAUGCAAGUCAAGAGGACCUCACAGAAUAUUUGUGUAUGAUUGGUAGCUGUUCCACACGAGCUUUAGUUUUGUGCCAACAUUCCAUGUAUUUGAGUAAACUGAUCUUUAUUAAAUGAGAGCAAACGACAUAGCUGUAUGUAUGCCUUAAUGUUAAAACUUUCUAUAUUCUGGAACUGGAAUUCUUUUUGAACUGAAGAGGCAGGAGAGUGUUCGUCUGUUCAGAAAUGCAGGUAACUCAAAGCUAAUAGGAAGUGAUCAUUAAUAAUCUGUUUAUAAA